GUGCGCUGGCGGCGGCGGCGGCGGCGGCGGCGGCAGGGCUGUUUGUUCUGCUCUCCGCAGCCGAGGAGCCGAAGCAGUAGCAGUGGCGGCAGCGGCGGCGGCGGCGGCAGCUGCCGGCGGUGCCUGCGGGCGAGCUGGGCCUGUGAGUGCAGCGGAGCGGCGGGCGCGGCGGGCGGGCCCCGGCGCCGCGCAGGCAGCCCAGGAGAGAGGGGGCGGCGGCAGCGGACGGCCGGCGGGGGCGGCGUGCGGCCUAGAGUCUCAGAGUGCCUGGUGAAGAAUGUGAUGGGAUCACUAGCAUGUCUGCGGAGAGUGGCCCUGGGACAAGAUUGAGAAAUCUGCCAGUAAUGGGGGAUGGACUAGAAACCUCCCAAAUGUCUACAACGCAGGCCCAGGCCCAACCCCAGCCAGCCAACGCAGCCAGCACCAAUCCCCCACCUCCGGAGACCUCAAAUCCCAAUAAGCCCAAGAGGCAGACCAACCAACUGCAAUAUCUGCUCAGAGUGGUGCUCAAGACACUAUGGAAACACCAGUUUGCAUGGCCUUUCCAACAGCCUGUGGAUGCGGUCAAGCUAAACCUCCCUGAUUACUAUAAGAUCAUUAAAACACCUAUGGAUAUGGGAACAAUAAAGAAACGCUUGGAAAACAACUAUUACUGGAAUGCUCAGGAAUGUAUCCAGGACUUCAACACAAUGUUUACAAAUUGUUACAUCUACAACAAGCCUGGAGAUGACAUCGUCUUAAUGGCAGAAGCUCUGGAGAAGCUCUUCUUGCAAAAAAUCAAUGAACUGCCCACAGAAGAAACUGAGAUCAUGAUAGUCCAGGCAAAAGGAAGAGGACGUGGGAGAAAAGAAGCAGGGACAGCAAAACCUGGCAUCUCCACGGUACCAAACACAACUCAAGCAUCAACUCCUCCGCAGACCCAGACCCCUCAGCAGAACCCUCCACCUGUGCAGGCCACACCUCACCCGUUCCCUGCUGUCACCCCAGACCUCAUCGUUCAGACCCCUGUUAUGACGGUGGUGCCUCCCCAGCCACUGCAGACACCCCCACCAGUGCCACCUCAGCCACCACCCCCAGCUGCUCCAGCCCCACAGCCUGUGCAGAACCAUCCACCCAUCAUCGCAGCCACCCCACAGCCUGUGAAGACAAAGAAGGGGGUGAAGAGGAAAGCGGAUACCACCACUCCCACCACCAUUGACUCCAUUCAUGAGCCACCCUCACUGGCUCCAGAACCCAAGAUCACCAAGCUGGGCCCCCGGCGGGAGAGCAGCCGGCCUGUGAAGCCCCCAAAGAAGGAUGUGCCAGACUCGCAGCAGCACCCAGUGCCAGAAAAGAGCAGCAAGGUAUCGGAGCAGCUCAAGUGCUGCAGUGGCAUCCUCAAGGAGAUGUUCGCCAAGAAGCAUGCUGCCUACGCCUGGCCUUUCUAUAAGCCUGUGGAUGUGGAGGCUCUGGGCCUGCACGACUACUGUGACAUCAUCAAACACCCUAUGGACAUGAGCACAAUCAAGUCUAAAUUAGAGUCCCGUGAGUACCGAGAUGCUCAGGAAUUUGGUGCCGAUGUCCGAUUGAUGUUUUCCAACUGCUACAAGUACAACCCUCCUGACCAUGAGGUGGUAGCCAUGGCCCGAAAGCUCCAGGAUGUAUUUGAAAUGCGCUUUGCCAAGAUGCCAGAUGAGCCUGAGGAGCCAGUGGUGGCUGUGUCCUCCCCAGCAGUGCCACCCCCCACCAAGGUGGUGGCCCCACCCUCAUCCAGUGACAGCAGCAGUGAUAGCUCCUCGGACAGUGACAGUUCCACUGACGACUCUGAGGAAGAGCGAGCCCAGCGGCUGGCUGAGCUCCAGGAGCAGCUCAAAGCCGUGCACGAACAACUUGCAGCCCUCUCGCAGCCCCAGCAGAACAAACCAAAGAAAAAGGAGAAGGACAAGAAGGAAAAGAAAAAGGAAAAGCACAAAAAGAAAGAGGAAGUGGAGGAGAAUAAGAAAAGCAAAGCCAAGGAACUUCCUCCCAAAAAGACGAAGAAAAACAACAGCAGCAACAGCAGUGCAAGCAAGAAGGAGCCAGCACCCAUGAAGAGCAAGCCCCCUCCCACAUAUGAGUCAGAGGAAGAGGACAAAUGCAAACCCAUGUCAUAUGAGGAAAAGCGUCAGCUCAGCCUGGAUAUCAACAAGCUCCCCGGUGAGAAGCUGGGCCGCGUGGUGCACAUCAUUCAGUCACGGGAGCCUUCACUGAAGAACUCCAAUCCCGAUGAGAUUGAGAUUGACUUUGAAACUCUGAAGCCGUCCACACUGCGCGAAUUGGAGCGCUACGUCACCUCCUGUUUGCGGAAGAAAAGGAAACCUCAAGCUGAGAAAGUUGAUGUGAUUGCUGGCUCCUCCAAGAUGAAGGGCUUCUCGUCCUCAGAGUCAGAGAGCACCAGCGAGUCCAGCUCCUCUGACAGCGAAGACUCCGAAACAGAGAUGGCUCCGAAGUCAAAAAAGAAGGGGCAUCCCGGGAGGGACCAGAAGAAGCACCAUCACCACCACCAUCAGCAGAUGCAGCCGGCCCCAGCUCCUGUACCCCAGCAGCCACCCCCUCCUCCCCAGCAGCCCCCACCACCGCCACCUCCGCAGCAGCAGCAGCAGCAGCAGCAGCAACCACCCCCACCACCACCACCCACACCCUCCAUGCCACAGCAGGCAGCCCCCGUGAUGAAGUCGUCACCCCCACCCUUCAUCGCAGCCCAGGUGCCAGUUCUGGAGCCGCAGCUCCCAGGCAGUGUCUUCGACCCCAUCGGCCACUUCACACAGCCCAUCCUGCAUCUGCCGCAGCCUGAGCUGCCCCCUCACCUGCCCCAACCACCUGAGCACAGCACUCCGCCCCAUCUCAACCAGCACGCCGUGGUCUCUCCUCCAGCUUUGCACAACGCACUGCCCCAGCAGCCAUCGCGGCCCAGCAACCGAGCUGCUGCCCUCCCCGCCAAGCCCACCCGGCCCCCUGCCGUGUCACCUGCCCUGACUCAGCCACCCCUGCUCCCACAGCCCCCUAUGCCCCAGCCACCCCAAGUGUUGCUGGAGGAUGAAGAGCCAUCUGCCCCACCCCUCACCUCCAUGCAGAUGCAGCUGUAUCUGCAGCAACUGCAGAAGGUGCAGCCCCCAACGCCGCUACUCCCUUCCGUGAAGGUGCAAUCACAGCCCCCUCCACCCCUGCCCCCCCCACCCCAUCCCUCUGUGCAACAGCAGCUCCAGCAGCAGCCACCACCACCACCACCACCCCAGCCCCAGCCGCCACCCCAGCAGCAGCACCAGCCCCCACCACGACCCGUACACUUGCAACCCAUGCAGUUCUCCGCCCACAUCCAGCAACCUCCACCACCCCCGGGCCAGCAGCCACCCCACCCACCCCCAGGCCAGCAGCCACCCCCAGCCCAGCCCGCCAAACCUCAACAAGUUAUCCAGCAUCACCCUUCACCCCGGCACCACAAGUCAGACCCCUACUCAACUGGUCACCUCCGUGAAGCCCCCUCCCCGCUUAUGAUACAUUCCCCCCAGAUGCCACAGUUCCAGAGCCUGACCCACCAGUCUCCACCCCAGCAAAAUGUCCAGCCUAAGAAGCAGGUAAAGGGCCAAGCUGGGUCACAGCCCUCAGGGGCAGGCAUGGACCACAGCCAGGGGUGUCUGCCUGCCUCACCAACCAUUGUGCCUCUGCUCUUUCAGGAUUUGCAUAAGGCCUCAGUGGUCCAGCCCCAGCCCCUUGUGGUGGUGAAAGAGGAGAAAAUCCACUCACCCAUCAUCCGCAGUGAGCCCUUCAGUCCCUCUCUGCGGCCGGAGCCCCCAAAACACCCAGAGAGCAUCAAGGCCCCAGUCCACCUGCCCCAGCGACCUGAGUUGAAGCCUGUGGAUGUUGGGAGACCUGUGAUCCGGCCCCCUGAACAGAAUGCAGCCCCUCCAGGGGCCCCUGACAAGGACAAACAGAAACAGGAGCCUAAGACGCCAGUGGCACCCAAAAAGGACCUGAAAAUCAAGAACAUGGGCUCCUGGGCAAGCCUGGUACAGAAGCAUCCAACUACCCCAUCCUCUACAGCCAAGUCAUCAAGUGAUAGUUUCGAACAGUUUCGCCGUGCUGCUCGGGAGAAGGAAGAGCGUGAGAAGGCCCUGAAGGCACAGGCUGAGCAUGCAGAGAAGGAGAAAGAGCGACUGCGGCAGGAGCGCAUGAGGAGCCGAGAGGACGAAGAUGCACUGGAGCAGGCACGGCGAGCCCAUGAGGAGGCACGGCGGCGCCAGGAGCAACAGCAGCAGCAGCAGCAGCAGCGGCAAGAACAGCAGCAGCAGCAGCAGCAGCAGCAGGCUGCCGCUGUGGCUGCCGCCGCCACCCCCCAAGCCCAAAGCUCCCAGCCCCAGUCCAUGCUGGACCAGCAGAGGGAAUUGGCCAGGAAGCGGGAGCAGGAGCGAAGGCGCCGGGAGGCCAUGGCAGCUACAAUUGACAUGAAUUUUCAAAGUGAUCUAUUGUCAAUAUUUGAAGAAAAUCUUUUCUGAGAGCGCCUAGGUGACUUCUGACUUUGAUUUUCUGGCAAAACAUUGACUCUCCAUAGUGUUAGGGACGGCAGUGGAGGCGGUAGCAGGGGCCGGGGUGUCUCCAGGCCUGGCCCUACUGCAUGCUAUGCCCAGGGCAGGUCUGAAGGGCAGCUGAAGAUUGCAGAGCCCAUCUGCCUUACAGCCAGCCGGAGGGACGUCCCACCACCCCUCUCACAGGACGUCAGCUCAGAGCACGCCUCAAUACGAGCAAGAGCAAGUGCCGGCCGGACUCAAGGCCUGUGUCCCCGUGUGUGGGGCAGAAGCCCUUCUCUCCGCCAAAUGUCUACACAGUAUACACAGGACAUUGUCGCUGCCGCCACCGAGACUGACUUUCUGUCCCUGAGAACAUGACGUUUGUGACGUCCUGCCUGAUGGGAGUCUUUCCCCACACCCUAGCCAUCGCCGCUUGCUCCUAAGAGGCCAGGACAGGUCCAAGUGGGCUGCAGCGGACGAGGGCAGUGGCCCACAUCCCCUUGCUGGCACUGACUUUGCCUUGAACAGACCCCUCCCUCCCCUCCCCCCACAAGCCUUUAAUUGAGAGCCGCUCUCUAUAAGUGUUCGCUUGUGCAAAAGGGAAUAGUGCCGUGGAGGUGUGUGUGUGUCCAUGGCAAUUCUGAUCAAGGUGACCGUCCCAUGAGUGUGGGCGGGCCUUGUCCGGGGAGUGAGGCCACCAACCAAAGUCAGUUCCUUCCCACCUGUGUUUCUGUUUUGUUUUUGUUUUUGUUUUUUUUCUAUAUAUAUAUAUUUUUGUUGUUGAAUUCUAUUUUAUUUUUAAUUCUCUCUUCUCCAGACACAAUGGCACUGCUUAUCUCCGAAAUGGUGUGAUCGUCUCAUUGAGCGGCGGCUCCCACCGCACUGUGGGUAGUGUGUGACCGUGGCUGUACUGUAUAGUGAACAUAGUUGACAUAUCUUUGUUUGAAGUUUGUUGGUGACUCCACCAAACCAGUGUAAAAAAACAAAACUCAAAAAAAAUCCACAAAAAAAAAAGCAAAAAAAAAAAAAAACCUGCCUAUAUUUUACUCGGUUUCAAACUCUUAUUAGUCUAUUUUUAAUUAUAAACCAGAAAGCUGCGAUCCCCUUCUUCCUGCCGUUUGUUGGCUUUUCUUUCUUUGUUUUUAAUGUCAAGUCUGUGUUUUGUUUUUGGGGUUUUUUGUUUUGUUUUUGUUUUUUAACCAAGAAAGGAAGGGACUGAGGAUUAGGUGGGCUCCAGGAACUAGGGGGUGAAGGGGCACAGACUGAGGCAGAGGCUUUCCCUGCCCAGUACUCAGUCCCAACCAGUUGGCUGCUCCCUCCCAUAAUUUUUUUUUUUUUUUUUUUUUUUUUUUUUUUUUUUAAUAAUUGGAGCCCUUGGCGAGGUUAUGAGUGCCAUGAGAACCCACUACACCACGAUGCUGGUGCCUCAGUGUUGGCCAAACUCUGGAGUCACUGACUGGUUUGACUUUCAUACGGUGAAUAUGCAUUUGGUCUGUACUGAUCAUGGAAUAAACACAUCUCUCUUUU